UUACAGCUGAACAGUGCAUCAGCGUCAGUAUUGCUGCUUUUGCUGCCCCUUGCCAGCUGCCAAUGGGGACCUGCACCCCCCUCCCACCACUACAGCCACACGGCACCACCCGCCCCCGCGCACCCAUCCACAUCGGUGCCCCAGGACACCCCCGAGGUAGCAGCCGCCAAGGCUGCCCACUUUGCCGCUGUUGCUAAGGCCGCAGCCGCCGCUUCCGGCCAAGUAACGUACGCCCCAGCCUCAGCAUAUGGUCCAGCUCCAGCCCCCGCUCCAGUGCACGAGCAUGCCCCUCCAGCGCCACCCCCAGUCAACGGAGUGCCCCAAGACACCCCUGAAGUUGCCGCCGCCAAGGCUGCCCACUUUGCCGCCCUCGCCAGGGUGUCCAAGACAUCGCCGGCCCCCACACCAGGACCAUACGGACCCACAUCCUACCCACAGGGCCCUGCUCCAGGAAGGCAGUACCCUCCCGCACCGCCUCCAGUGAACGGAGUGCCCCAGGACACCCCUGAGGUCGCUGCCGCCAAGGCUGCACACUUUGCUGCCGUCGCCAAGACCGGAGGACCAUCCCCCCCUGCACCUCCCCCACAAUCUUACUACAACCCCCCGGCACCUUCCCCAUCUUACUAUAACCCCCCUGCACCAACUCCAGCCCCCUACUACCCCCCAGCACCUUCUGCACCAUCUUACUACAACCCCCCGGCACCCACUCCAGCCCCUUACUAUCCCCCAGCGCCCCAAUACACCCCGGCUCCUGCCCCCCCAGCCGGAGUGCCCCAGGACACCCCCGAGGUGGCCGCCGCCAAGGCUGCUCACUUCGCCGCCCUCGCCAGAGUCAAGGCCGCCCCUCAGCCUCCCAGCCAUAACCACUGGAACUAAAUUCAUAUAGUAUAACCUAGAUGCACUGAUCCUCUGUGAUUUAUAUAUAUUUUUUUCUAUUUAUUGUUGAAUGUUUAAAAAAUCCUACACAAAAAAAUGCAGCGCUUGGCAAGUUCGAAUAAAUCGAUAAAAAAAGAAAA